AUGGUCUUCAUCCUUCUCUUUCCACCUUCCCUCCCUCUAGUUCUUCCCUCAGUGUCUCUCCUCCAGAAGUCUUCCUCCUCUCCAGUCAGCUGCCACGCUACAGGUUUCUAUCCUAACAGAGGUAUGAUGUUCUGGAGGAAAGAUGGAGAGGCGAUCCAUGAAGUUGUGGAUCCUGGAGAGAUCCUCCCCAACCAUGAUGGGACCUUCCAGAUGAGUGUUGAUCUGAAUGUUUCAUCAGUCAAACCUGAAGACUGGAGAAGAUACAACUGUAUGUUUCAGUUCUCCAAUGUUGAGGACAUCAUUUUCACCAAACUGGAUAAACCCGUGAUUAGAACCAACAGGGUAGAGACGCUCCCUGACAUGAUGAUCCCAGUCAUUCCCAUAGUGGUUGCUGCAGUGGUUGUUCUCAUCCUCGUGGCUGCUGUUGGAUUUGCUGUUUACAAAAAGAAGAAAGGGGGACAGGACGCUGGAGCCUAUUCCAUGAGUCAUAAUGCUACAAGAGGAAGUACUGAACAGACCAGUCUCCAUGCCAUGUUUCCCAAUGACUCUCUGCCCAACAACACAGUCAAGCUUUCUAAAGAUGACCAGGAAACUAUGCUGGGCAUCAGUGCCAUUAUGGACAAUGUCAGAACCAUUCUCUUUACACUGACUACUGUGCUCGGCAUCACAGGAAACUCUGUGGUCAUCUGGGUGGCUGGAUUCAAAUUUAAGCCAAAGGUCACCAACGUGUGGCUGGUGAAUCUGGCGAUAGCAGACCUGAUCUUCUGCUUCACACAAGUUUUGACUGUUACUAAGAAGCUCUUCUUUCAGCACUUUUCUUUCGGCCUCUUCGUCUGCAAGUUCAAGACCUUCUUCAAAUACACCAACAUGUUCUGCUCUGUCUUUCUGCUGGCUGUGAUCAGUCUGGAUCGAGUGCUUUGUGUCUGGCAACCUGUCCUCACAAAGCGUCGUCGCACCCUGUGGGCAGCGAGGGUGGUGGCAGUCUGUAUCUGGAUCGCAGCAAUGCUCUUCAGCAUUCCCUACUUCAUCCAUCACCAAGUCUACCUGGGCAAGAAUAACCUGAGUACGUGCUUGCUGCAUCCAAAGGAGAAGGGGUACAACAACACCAUAGUUGCUCUCUACUCCAUCCGCUUCCUGUGCGGCUUCAUAUUUCCCUUCAUGGUGAUUCUGGUCUGUUACAUCCUGGCCGCUGUGGGAAUCCAACGCACUCGCCUGUCAGGGAAGUCCCGCCCUCUGCGUAUACUAGCAUGUUUGGUCAUUGCCUUCUUCCUGUGCUGGGCGCCUUACCACUGCCUCUUACUGGUGAAGAUGGUGGACAGUAAAAAGGCACUGUUGAAAAUCUGGUACCCUGUAGCAGAGGGUAUUGCCUGCUUCAACAGCUGUGUGAACCCACUGUUAUACUUCUGCAUGGGGCUAAAAGUCAGUGAGGGAUUUAGACAGAGUCUGAUAAGAGUUUAUAAAAGAGGCCUGGCAGAUGACAUAGACGGCCAGAUGACUCACUCCACUGAUCGUUCUUUGGAUUAA